AAACGAACGAUUCAUCGUCGAUUUUUUUCUUCUCCUUUACUACUUACCGGAACAUUUACUAAAUAAAGAUGGCCGAGAGCUCUCAUUUCACCGAGGCGGAAUAUUAUCAGAAGUGUUUUGACUCGAGAGCCUACAUGAAUAAUUUUUAUUCUCGUCCAGAAGGACACUCAGACGAGAACAAUUAUCUUUCUUUUGUUUUAGGUUGCUUAAGCAGGAUUUUUUCGACUGGCGAGUAUAAAGGACGUAAGCUGAUCGAAGUGGGAAGCGGACCGACCAUUCACACCGUCAUCAGCGCGUGCCAGCACUACCACGAGCUCGUGCUGUCGGAUUUUGUAGACGGGAAUCGAGAAGAAAUCAAGAAAUGGAUAAACAACGAGGAAGGGUGCUUUGACUGGAAGCCCAUCAUUGAAUAUGUGUGUGAACUGGAUGGGAAAAGCUCAUCUGAUGUGGAAGUGAAACUGAGACAGAAGAUAAAACAAGUGCUGAAAUGUAAUGUCCUCCUAGAAAACCCUUUCCAUCCGGAGAGCAUUGAGCCUGCAGAUUGUGUUAUAACGUCUCUGUGUCUUGAGGCGGCAUGUAAAGACAUGCAAUUGUACACAGAUGCGCUCUGUGGAGUUACAAAGCUGCUUCGUCCAGGUGGAGUUCUGGUGAUGGUUGGGGUUUUAGGAGAGACCUUUUACCGUGUUGAUGAAAUCCACUUUUCCUGCCUCCGGCUGAGCAAAGAAAAUAUCGAAGAUGUUGUCAGCAAGCUAGGCUUCACUGUGCAGGAAUUCAACAUUUUUUCAGCACAAGAUCAGGAGACGAACAAAGUUUCUGAUUUUGAAGCUUUCUUCGUUCUUGUUGCUCUGAAGACAAAAGGCUAACUGGUGAUAUGCUGUUUUGAAAGUAGAUUGCAAAUCCCAAAAGUGCAUUAAAAUUAAUGAUACUCUCAAGGUUCCUUCCUCAUAUCAUCUCAGGGAGUUUUUCCUCACCACCGUCAUCUCAGGCUUGCUCAUUAGGUAUAAAAUAGGGAUAAAAUAGUAAUUUAACUUACUUAAAACGUAAUUAAAAUAGUAAUUAAACUUCAUAAUUUUUUAAAUAAUGUUUUCCUUCUUUGUUUCUGUUCCUCUGUAAAGCUGCUUUGAGACAAUAUCCAUUGUUAAAAGCUCUAUACAAAUAAAUUGAAUUGAACUGAAUUGAAAUUAAUAUGUUGAUGCUUAACACUUUUAGCCCAGAAAAAAAGACACACGAGAUGCCAAAAGUUUUGGGACACCCCUCUCCAAAUCAUCAAAUUCAGGUGUUGUUUUUCAGGGGUUGGGCUCGGCCUCUUAGUUCCAGUGAAAGGAACUCUUAAUGCUUCAGCAUACCAAGACAUUUUGGGCAAUUUCAUGCUCCCAACUUUGUGGGAACAGUUUUGUGAGAGUUAAGAGUUCCUAUAUUUUUUGGCAAUAUAGUAUAUAAAGCAGGGCAGACUAGGGUUAGAUCGCCACCUAGUGGAUUAACUGCUAUCUUAUACAGCUUACCUGCUUGCUGCAAAACACAGAAAAGCAUCUCCAAAACUGCAGCUCUUGUGGGGUGUUCCUGGUCUGCAGUGGUCAGUAUCUGUUGAAAGUAUCAUUAAGUCCUGUAAUUUGCGAGGUAGGGCCUCCAUGGGCCAACUUAAAGGAUUUGCUGCUAACACCUUGGUGUCAGAUAAAACAGCAAACCUUCAGAGAUCUAAUGGAGUCCAUCCUUCAACAGGUCAGGGCUGUUUAGGCAGCAAAAGGGGGACCAACACAGUCUUGAGUCAUAAUGUUAUGCCUGAUCAGUGUAUGUUUCAUCUUCAUGUACAUGGCCAGUGAAAUGUCUUUGCUUAUUAAUUGAUUUUUAUUGGUCUACUUUUAUAUUUAAACUAAAUAAAACACAGAGAAUAGACAUACCAUCUACAUAACACCAUUUUCUUUUCACCUUACUUAAUUCAGACCUGCAUAUUUUCUGUAAUUUGUCUCCAGAUUUUAACCUUUAAAGUGCCAAUACACUAGAAAAUAAUAUUGUUAAUGGCAUAAUCACAAAUAAAAUAAUUUUAUUCUGAUUCAUGCCUUUUCUUGUCCUCAUUUUGUACUUUCAGCUUUCAGCUUAGACUUUUGUGGGUGUCAGUAAAU